AUGAAAUAUACUACUCCAAUUCUUACUUCAGACAUCUACCCAAUAAGCAAAAUGCAACUUGAAGAACAGGAAAGACAUUUGUUAUUGCAGGAUCAAGAAGAGCAAAAUCGAGACGUAGCUUCUUCUUCACAAGAAUUACAUCUGACUAAAGGGGUAUUACCAGCUAUAUAUCCAGAAAAAAUAGUACAGGAUUUCUUUGAUUCAAUCAGACAUCUUGCUAUUUCAGAAAGAUCCGCUCCUUCGCAAAAAAACUCAACUUUCUCACAUAAACAAGAAUUCAUACGGCAUUUAAACCAGGUAUUACCUAAAUCUGCUGGAGCCGAUAAUUUUAAUAUUCAUGUUUAUAGUUCUGCACCUCCACGGGUUUCUACAGAAAGAUCGAAUCCAGAUAUUCUCUGGCAAAAUACUUAUGAAAAUUCAUCCAUAGCUAGAUUACUACUUCCUGAAUGGUGA